AUGGGUUCUACGCCAAAUAAUUCAGCUAGCCGCUCAUUUCUGGCGGACGAUAAUAAUCUUGAAAAUAGGUGUAUGCAGGCAUUUAACGAUAUUAGUGUAUUAUCUUGGAAUGUUUGUGGUUUAGUCAACAAGUUCUCUCAGAGACAGUUGAAGGACCUCUUGUUUCUUCACAGACCGACUUUCUGUUUUGUCAUGGAACCACAAUGCCUCUUUGAGAGGCACGCUGUCUGGUUACAUUACAGUGGGUAUGACCGCGUGGCUAUAGCGGAAGCGACAGGUAGAAGUGGUGGUAUUUGGCUACUUCAGAGAAGAGGACACUCAUUCACGGUUUCGGUUCUUCACAUCUCGACCAGGACUAUAUCUAUUAAUGUCGGACGAGGUGGCUGUAAAUGGGCGCUUACAGGGAUCUACGCCUCACCCUCUUUUCGAGAAAGGCUCAGCGACUGGGACACCCUGAAGGCGGCUCGAAUGACUUGUGUAGGGUCAUGGUGCGUCAUAGGUGACUGGAACGAGGUUUCUGGCCCAUCCCAAUCCACCGGAUGCUCUUUCUCACAACAUCGUGCGGAUGUUCUUAAUGAAGUCCUGCAACAUUGCGAUUUGACGGUUAUUCAAAGCAUUGGCACGCCUUUUACUUGGCGAAGAUCAUCCACGGGAGCUAAUAUCUAUUCUCAGAAAUGUCUGGACUAUGCCGCAGCAGAUACAGAAUGGAUGGUCAAUUUUCCUUUCGGGACAGUGGAGACAUUAAAUAGAGGGAAUAGUGAUCAUAAUCCUCUCAUAUUGCAUUGUCAUCGCAAAGCUAACAUCCAGGGACUUCCCCAACCGCCUUUUCGUUGGCAUGAGGCUUGGGCAGACCAUCCCGAUUAUUUAAAGGUUAUUACUGAUAAGUGGCGUCUGGGUAAUGGAGACUUCUUGCACAACAUGAAUUCCAUCAGGGAAGCCUCCAUUUCGUUCAAUCGGACAUGCUUUGGGAAUAUUGGGGCUCGAAAGCGCAAGAUUCAAAGAAGAUUGCUGGGAAUCCAACGCAUCCAAACCAGGGUUGAUUCGGCUCGGCUCGCAAUUCUUGAGAGGCAGCUCCUUACGGAAUAUAACUCCAUCCUUCACCAGGAGGAACUCAUCUGGUUCCAGAAAUCCCGGGAAAAAAUUCUCUUACACGGGGAUCGUAAUACGCGCUUCUUCCAAACAACUGCCAAGAUCCACAAAAAUAAGUCGACCAUUCACGGGCUCCAAAUUAACAAUGUCUGGACUUCAGAAGAUGCAAUACUCAGAGGGCAUGCCAUUGAUCAUUUUGAGAGUCGGUUUUCAGAUAGUUCCAUCACCCUCGCGGGCUGCGAAUACACGGAACCCCUUGCGCCUCCUGAUCCCGACACAGAGAUAUCGGUUUCACAGUCAGUCUCUAAUAUGGAAAUCACGCAGGCGAUCGAUUCUUGUCCUCCUUAUUCAGCCCCGGGUCCAGAUGGCUUCCCUACUAUUUUUUUCAAAAAAUACUGGCAUCACAUUGGUCCGGACACAUGUGAUUUUAUCCGCACUAUCUUCGCAAAUGGGCGUUUGACGCCUAAUCUCGGAUUCUCGUACCUUUGCCUGAUCCCAAAGAUUGCCACGCCGCUAACUAUUAAAGACUACAGGCCUAUCAGUCUUUGCAACGUCGUCUACAAGUUUGUAACAUAG